AUGGAUAAUGCUGGAGAAUUCACAUCAACGGCUUUCAAUGAUUAUUGUAUGGCCUUGGGCAUCAAAGUAGAGCAUCCUGUACCUUAUGUCCAUACUCAGAAUGGUCUAGCUGAAUCUCUGAUUAAGCGUAUUAAAUUGAUUGCUAGACCAUUACUGCAAAAGUCCAGUUUACCGGUUUCUUGUUGGGGACAUGCAGUAUUGCAUGCUGCAGCUUUAAUACAAAUCCGACCUACUGCAUAUCAUGAUUAUUCCCCCUUGCAACUACUACGUGGUGUAGAACCCAAUAUUUCCCAUCUGUGUGUAUUCGGGUGUGCAGUCUAUACCCCCAUACCACCUACAAACCGUACCUCCAUGGGCCCGCAACGAAAACUAGGUAUAUAUGUUGGUUAUGAAUCUCCCUCCAUUAUUAAAUACCUAGAGCCCAUGACAGGAGAUCAGUUUACUGCGAGGUACGCUGACUGCAUUUUUGAUGAAGAUCAUUUCCCGGCAUUAGGGGGAGAUAAAAGUCCUUAUUUAACGAAAUGCCGAGAAAUUUCAUGGUACGAAAAAGAUCUUCAGCACCUAGACCCACGUACUAGUCAAACUGAACUGGAAGUUCAGAAAAUUAUUAAUUUGCAAAAUUUAGCAAAUAACCUGCCAAAUGCUUUUACUGAUAAUACAGGAGUGACCAGGUCCCAUAUCCCUGCUGUGAAUGCUCCUUCGAGAGUAGAAGUCCCCAAGAGAUCAGGAAUGCACAUUAACACUCCCCAUCGCCAGAAGCGCGGGAGACCAGUUGGUGCAAAAGAUUUAAAUCCGCGGAAAACGAGAAUUGAUCAGAAUAUUUUGGGAAAUGAUAAUGAUCUGGUUGAUAUCAAUAUAGAAACUACCAUAAAUUUUGUUGAUAUAGGAGAAACAUAUAACAGAGAUUUAAUAGUCGUCGACGACACGUUUGCCUAUGCAGUUGCCUGUAAUAUUCCACAUAAUAAUCUGGAUCCAGAACCAAAAUCAAUAACAGAGUGCCAGAAGCGCCCUGACUGGUUGAAGUAG